AGCACUAUCGUCGAAAGCAUUGCGAGUGUUGAGCGUGUCGUAGCCAGUGCGCGGCGUGACAUUAUCAGUGGGGGCAUGGUGCUGCGGUGUUUGGGGGGCACCCUCCUCGGCCUCGGGAUAUGCCUCCUCCUCGGGGGCAUGCUCAUCGACCGGUUCUGGCCCUUUUUUUUCAGCAACCUAGUUCAGCCGCAAUUAGCGUUAACGUCGAGUUCUCUUAAUUAUGGACUAUGGAAAGAAACCCCUGUGCCAUUGUACAUGGAUUUCUACUUUUUCGACUGGAUGAAUCCUAAGCAAAGUUUGGCAGGACAGGAAAAGCCGAGGUUCAUAGAAAGAGGACCUUAUGUAUUCAG